AUGUCUAUAACUCAAGCUAGAGAAUUCAUUGAUAAUAAUCAACCUGAAGAAGCUUUGGCUUUAUUAUCACCAUUAUUGAACGAUAAUCAGGACAAUGUGGAAUUUUUACAAAUAUUUGGUGAAGUUUUAUUGGAAGUUAACGAAUUAGAACAAGCUUAUGAAAUAUUAAUGAGAAGUGUUGAACUUGAUAAGAAUGGUGAUAAAGGUAUUGAAAAAUUCUUAUAUUUAGGUCAAAUAAUUGGUGGUAGAGAAGGUAUUGAAUUUUUGGAUGUUGCCUUGAGACAACUUGACAGUUUAGAUGUCAAAGAUGAUAAAAUCACUCAAAAACUUAAUGAAGGAAUUUUUGCCAAAAUCGAAAUUUGGAUGACAGAUUUAUGUAUGGAACCUGAAGCAGAAUCUCAAUGUGAUGAAUUGAUCAAUUAUUCCUUGAAGUUGGAUAACGAAAACCCAGAAACUUUUAGUUUAUUAUCAUCCAUCAGAAUCUCUCAACAAAAAGAUGAGGAAGCUAUUGAAGCUAUUAAGAGAUCAUGGGAAUUAUUCCAGAAAAGAAUGGAUUUGUCAACUCAAGAAAUCAUCAAUGUCAUCCAACCUUUAAUAACAUUAUCCAAGUACUCCAUAGAAUUACAAUUAUAUGAUUUAUCAUUAGAAAUUCUUAAUUUCAUUAAUGAUUUAAAUGAUUCAAUCUUAGAAGUUUGUUAUUUAAUAGCAGUUUCCAUACUUUUCAAAUUCAAAUUACAAAACAACAUCGAUCCAGAAGCUGAAGUUAACCCUAAAGAUUUAGAAGAUGAUACUUUACAAGAAUUAAAAUCAAUCUUAACUAAUGGUUUCAAGAUUAUACAAACUCAACAAGAUUUGGACCAAGAACUACUGGUAGCUGUUAGUCAAUUGAUUGAUCAGUUUGGUGGUCCCGUUAUGAGUGAAUUGAUGCCGGAAAAAAUCAGUCAAGAAGAUAUAAAUCAAGUAGACGAGAUAGACUCAGAUGAUGAAUAA